AACAACCAUAAAAAUAGACUUAAUUACCCCAAAAAAGGACCCUUUUUAAUCGGUUCUCCUUCUUCUUCUUCUGCAACGGAGAAGACGACGCGGAGAUGAAGUGCACGCGGCACCCCCUCGAGGGUGGCGUCGGCGUCUGCGCCGCCUGCCUCCGCGAGCGCCUUCUCGCCCUCACGGCAACCGCCGCCUCGGAAGCGCACUCGCCGGAGCAGCAAAGGAGGAAACCUUUUCCCCAGCCGCCUUCGGCUCUGUCCCUCCAGUUACCCCGCUCCGCCUCCCGUGUCGCUGUUGGAUCCCGGCGGUCCUCCAUUCUCUCGACGAUCUUUUGCAGCCACGGAUCCGGUGACAGGUAUGAGAAGCCGCGGCGGUCGAGAUCCUGCCUGAUGGAGCUCCUUGGUGGCAGCCGGAGGAAGAAGAUCGCCGCGGAGCCGGAGGGCAGCGGAGGCGGGUGGCCGGAGCCGUCCUCUGUGAGGCGGGCGACGAUGGAGAACCGCCACCAUCACAACCAUCAGAGCGGCGGCCUCGCGGGGUUCGCCGUGUGCUUCAGCCCGCUGGUGACCGCGAGCCACAGCCGGUGGCGUUCCAGGGUGACGGAGCUGGGAUUCCCCAGCGAGAAACCAGGAGCGGCGCUUGGCCCGUACCACCACCGGCGGGCGACGACCGGAGGGCCGUUGCUGUUCCCCGACCGGUCGGGAAGGCUGGCGGAACACGACAUGUUCCGUUGACGGCUUUACGUCCUCCACUUGUCGCAUUUUUACACG